AUGAUGGCAUCUAAUACAAUUGCUAUCCCGGCUGUCCGGUCCUCGGCUGCUGCCUACGACCAAUCUCCCAAGGCUACAACUAGCUCAUCUUCAUCAUAUUCAAGUUCUCCGCAAACUCCUAGUCCUAGUCCUAGUGAAGCGUCGUCAGUACAGUCGGCACGCAAGUUAAAAUCAAUCCACCACCAUCGCCGACCUAGUUUAUUGAGCUCCGCCUUCUGCAAGGACGAGUGCACCGUUAUCAACAUCGGAGAUCCUGAUGGGGCACCUCGAUUGAUCUCAUACCUUGCCUCAAGUCAAGGGUUCGCAUGGAACCCCGAACUAUUCGUUCCGUCGUACGUCGAAUGCAGUUACAUACCCCUAGAAAACCGCAGGGAACCCGUACACGAGAUUCGACUCAGUGACGAAGAGAUCAAGGGGAUGCUACCGUAA